AUGGCACCACCGGCACUCAUCGAGCGCACCGCGCCCGAUGUCGUCCCAGCACCCAAACGCGCACCCGCGCGCUCGCGUCUGCCCACGGCGCUGCGCGUGCCCAUUCUCAUCAGCUUGAACAUGGGCAUCAACAUGCUGCUGUGGGAGUUUACGGCGAAUUUCCUGCGUCCGGAACUGGGUGCUGUGAGCAAGGUGCCGCAAGAGGACGAUGUCACGUCGUUUUACUCGCCGGCGGCGCGCGUCGCGAUGCGCUGGGUUACUGUGUGGAUGACGUGGUAUUUUAACUAUGACUUCUUCGACGUCUCCGCCCUCACCGUCCUCACCUACGCGCCCUUCACCUACCUCCUAACCACGUACUACGAAAUCAGCGCCCUCACCGCCGCCGCCAACAUCACCAUCGAAGUCCUCUCCUUCGCCAUACCCACCUACCUCCUCCGCCCCCGCUCCAUCGUCCACCGCAACAACGAGCCCCUGCGCAACCGCUUCCUGCUCAACAGCAUCCAAGUCCAGGUUUCGUCGUCGAUGCUCGCCAUCGCCGUGUACAUUGUCGUGCUGUGGGCGGGUCAGACAAGCGGGUUCCUGAACACGUUCUUGGUCCAGUAUUUCGAUAUUCCUACGCUGGAAGCGGCGCACAAUGAGUCUCCGGUGUCGAUUCUGGCGAAGACGGUUGUGGUGGGCUGGGCGGCGAAGGCGUUUUUGCUUAAUCCGAGUUUUGCGGCUCAGCGCUCAGGAACUCAAACACCAGUUGAAGUUUUCGAUCCGAGCACCGCGACUCUCCCUAAGACGAUCGAGCACAACUUCUUCAACUACAGCAAAAGGACGAGGACGCUUAUUCAGCAGACGGUUAUUCUGAAUGCGUUCUUGUUCGCGGGUACCGUUCAACGGUGUAUGACGCUCAUCGGUACUGAUGUUGUCGGUGCUGUUGGAUACGCGGGUGUGUGGGUUGCGGCGAAUACGGUGGUUGCGCUGUGGUAUGGUUGGGUUGGAGACACUAGCACGGAUUACCAGCCGUUGUAG